UAAUACCCAUCAUCUCUGAGUAAUCUGUCAAAAAGUUGCUUGCAAAAAUGUUUCAGUUACCGUACAAUGUGACCUUUGAGUCUCUCAAAAUGGAGCUCAUGCAAAUUCCCCAUGCCCACCUGCUCAGGAUAGCCAUUGCUCUAUCUUUGGUGGCCAUACCUGCUGCCUAUUUAUAUUUCACCAAUAAACCCAAAGGUUGUUUAAAUCCUGACAAGUUCAACGAAUUCAAACUUGUUAAGAAAACUCAGCUAAGCCAGAAUACUGCAAGGUUCAGAUUUAGUCUUCCUACACCUACUUCAGUGUUGGGUCUUCCCAUCGGACAACAUGUAAUUUGCAGAGGAAAGGAUAACCAAGGUGAAGAAGUGACUAGACCAUAUACACCAAUUACUUUGGACUCUGAUGUGGGUUACUUUGAACUGGUUGUAAAGAUGUAUCCCAUGGGAAAGAUGUCCCAUCAUUUCAGAGAGCUGCGAGAAGGCGAUUACCUGCCUGUGAAGGGCCCCAAGGGGCGCUUUAAAUACAAACCUGGCCAAGCUCGAGCUUUUGGAAUGCUUGCAGGUGGCUCUGGCAUAACCCCAAUGUUUCAGCUCAUUCGAGCCAUACUAGAAAACCGGAAAGAUAAGACCAAUGUGCAUCUUAUCUAUGCCAAUGUCACCCUAGAUGACAUUUUGUUGAAGGAAGAGCUAGAUGCCUUUGCUAGAAAUUUCCCUGAUCGUUUCAAAGUCUUCUAUGUCUUGAAUCAGCCUCCUGUGCCAUGGAAUGGUGGCGUUGGGUUUAUAACCAAGGAAAUGAUUCAAACCCAUUGCCCAGCACCUGCCCUAGAUGUUCAGAUUCUGAGGUGCGGUCCACCAGCCAUGAACAAGGCCAUGAAAGCUCACCUUGAUGCACUUGAAUACACAUCAGACAUGCAGUUCGAGUUCUGAUUUACUGCCCUUCCUUUGUCCUUUCGUUUUCAUGUGUUCUUAUGUACAACCGACACCUUAACUCGUGCUUUGUGACUAAAAAACAGCAUCACAUAAAGGAUUAUUACUAAGUGUGAA